CUCUCCUUUAACGAACUCGUUUUAUCUAUAUGCUUUGCAAGGCAAUAUGUUGCUCAACUAGUUGGCUUCCUAUAUAUGCUUGAAGGCGCUUAAUUCCUCAGAUCGUGCCCCCGUUCCCAUUUCAGAAAGUCUGAUAAGGGUUGAAGUUGACACCUCACCAUAUAUCGUUCCUUUUCAGGAAGAUCAAGCCCCCUUAAAACAUAAUUGCAAAAUGUCUACCCCCCAAACAUUAGAAGGACUCCGGUCUGGCCAAUACAAGGGCGCCAAACGGCUCAAACUCUCGUGCAAUCUCACCGAAUUUCCCCGCGAGAUUCUCGACCUCUUCGAGACGCUCGAGAUCCUGGAUCUGUCCGGCAAUCCUCUCUCCAGCCUCCCUAGAGAUAUCAGCCGUCUCCACAAACUCAAAAUUGCCUUCUUCUCUGACUGCAACUUCACCACCUUUCCUGUCCAACUAGCACAAUGCCGUUCCCUCGAGAUGAUUGCUUUCAAGAACAACCAAAUGGCCACUAUUCCGCCAGAUUCAUUUCCUCGCAAACUCCGCUGGUUGAUCCUAACCAAUAACCUUAUCACCUCCCUCCCCACUAGCAUUGGGCAAUGCCAUCGUCUGCAGAAGUGUAUGUUAGCCGGAAACCGCCUCACUUCCCUUCCCGACGAGAUGGCAUAUUGCCGGAAACUGGGUCUUCUCCGCCUGUCAUCCAACAAGCUCACCUCUCUCCCAUCCUGGCUCUUUGAGCUGCCCGAGCUCUCCUUCCUUUCCUUUGCAGGAAACCCCUGCGCUCCAUCCUUUUCGGAGAAUCCCACCCUGUCCUCUGUAUCUUGGUCUUCCCUCUCCGUGCAACACCUCCUCGGCGAAGGAGCUUCGGGGAUCAUCUCCAAAGGCGCGUACGAAAGCCCUGCAGGAGAGAAAGAAGUAGCAAUCAAACUAUUCAAGGGCGAAGUUACGUCUGACGGCUCACCGCUCGACGAGAUGAACGCCUGUAUAGCCGCAGGCCAGCAUCCGAACCUGAUCAACCCGAUCGGAAGGAUCCACGACCACCCGGAGGAGAAGAAAGGGUUGGUGCUCGAGCUGAUUCCCCCGCACUAUACCAACCUCGGCCUACCUCCCACGUUCGACAGCUGCACGCGCGACGUCUUUCAUCCAGAUACUGUCUUCUCCAUCUCGCAGUGUAGAGCGAUCCUCCUUGGGAUCGCGAGCGCCGCCUGCCACCUCCACGAGCGCGGCAUCGCGCACGGCGAUCUCUACGCGCAUAACAUCCUGAUCGACACGUCGGGCCACGCGCUCCUUGGAGAUUUCGGCGCAGCGACGAUCUAUGGGAGAGAACAUGCCCAGAGAGACGCCAUUGAGAAGAUGGAGGUCUUCGCUUUUGGCCAUCUGGUUGAGGACCUGCUGGAUUUGGCGGAGAGGAGGGUAGAUGAUGAGGGGGCAUUGGGUGAGAAGGAGGCGUAUGCAAUUCAGGGCUUAAUCGAGCUGCAUUACAAGUGCUCAAAUCCGGUAGUCUUGGAGAGACCAACAUUUGCGGAGGUUCGCGAGGUGCUAGAAGGGCUAUGAGAUAGAACAAUACAUGAGAAGCCUAGGUUUAGAAAAAAGGAUAUAGAACGAUAGAUCUAGAUUAAGUUCUCUUUAGGUCCUUAGAUGAUAGAUUAGAUCUGAAAGCUGGUCCGUAUAGAG